AUGACUGACAAAACAGAUACAAAUAUCUUUUCAGAUUCUGCUGAGGGAUCACAGGAAAAUUUCUCGGAUGCCGACUUGAAUGACAACAAUAAUGAUGAUGAUGCAUCAUUAAAUGAGGAAUCAGAUGAAUCUUGGGAGGGUCAUUUUGAAGAACUGAAACGUCACAUGAACACGCAUUAUCCCGACGGUGGCUUUGUUCUGUGCUGCAAAUGUGAAAAGGUGCUUGGUGAUUGGGUCGCAGGGCAGCGUUAUCGGUACGUCAUAAAAGAACUUGAGCUGGAACGGAUUGCAAAGCUCGAGGUCCUUGGCUUCAUGUGGGAAGACAGCAGCCUUCUUCUUGCUGAGGAAUCUGAAGCGGAAGAGUCUGUUUCGUCUACAACAGCAAUCGCCGGAAGACCCGAAAAACCGUAUCUGGAAGUGGAACCAAAAGGCGAGAAUGCUCCAGAUGCCAAAUCAAAUGAGAAGAAUGAUCAUUCGGAUGACGAAUCAAGAGAAGAGAGUGAUUCCAAUUCCGGAGCUGACGCCGUGACCUAUACUGAAUGGGAUAGGCGCUUCAUGGAGUUGGAGCGUCACAUGAAUUAUGCGUACGCGGAUGGUGGUUACGUUGUGGCUGCAAACUGCCCACAACCGCUGCGAAGUUGGAUAUUACACCAACGAUAUCAUCAUCAGGAAAUGAUGGCUGGAAGACCACACAAUAUGACAGCUGAGAAUAUCCGAAGACUUGAAAGGAUUGGCUUUCGGUGGGAGCAGGACGAGCCCACAGAGAAAGACCAAAAAGAAAGUUUAUCAAAAACAAAAGCGAAGGGGCGGACUCAAUGGGAUACCUACUUCGAGAAACUGAAAGGUUUCAUGAAGAAACACGACAUUUAUAAGACUGGCGGUUUUGUCGAUGCUACACGGUGCGAAAAAGGCUUCUCGAAUUGGGUCAUCAAGCAGCGGGACGACUGUAGACUGAAAACGCUCGGAAGAGACUCUGACAUAACCGACGAGCAGGCUGAGAAGCUGGAGAGUAUUGGGUUUCAUUGGAGCAAGCAAUGCGAUCGCAAUGGUUUUGAGCCGAACAGUGAUGGGAGUCCAGAAUGUAGAAUUGCCCACAAACGAACAAUUCCGCAGCCAUCUGAUGAUGCUGCCCCAAAACGACAGAAGGUCGCAUGGCAACCAAAAAGGGCUAGGAGAAAGGUUGGCGGCAAGAUCUCAUGGGAUGAGCACUUUGAGAAUCUCAAGCAAAAGAUGAAGAUUCACUGCCCAAAUGGCGGCUAUUACGCACCUCAUUGGACCGACAAAAAGUUCUAUGCUUGGAUGGGUAAUCAACGUAACCAUUAUUGGAAAAAAAUAAAUGGAGAGGAAUCUCCAAUGAAAGAUGAACAUAUCGCAAAGUUCAGAAGCAUUGGCUUUGUUUUCGAGGAUCAGAAUACCGAGAAAACCAAAAAAUUGCAACAAUUGGACGAUGGUGACGAUGAUUCUGCUCUAAGCGAUAGCGAAGCAUCAGAAUCGAGUGACGAGGAAGAUCAAUUUGGCGUUCAUACCCACAGCAGCUUGGCAAGACGAAAAUCGGCCACCGGUAGUAGCAGCCAAACGCGAAAGGUGGAUCCUGCUUCGAAUUCCAGAGCCCACGAGUCUCAUGACAGCCAACGAAUCCCAUGGGAGGUGAGCUUUCAAAAGCUCGACCACUAUAUGAAGAAAAAUUAUCCCAAUGGAGGUUUUGUACGAUCUACAAAGUCUGACAUGAGGCUUUCCCAGUGGAUCAGGAAUCAGCGAAAGGAAUACAGCAAAGGUCGCCGGGGAUAUUACAGUCCUCUCAACAAGGACCGAAUUCGAAAAAUGGAGAGUCUUGGAUUCCUUUGGUCAGUACAAGAGGAACGCAACCACAAUUUACAACAGGAGGCUGCGCAAAGCAACAAGCCAAAACGUUUGCCACGAAAUGGUGAAAUUCCCUGGGAUACACACUAUGCAAUGCUUGUUCGCUUCAUGGAGAAAGACUAUCCAAACGGUGGCUAUGUAACACCCCCGCCACAGUCGGACGCCAGGUAUGGCCGGUUCAGCAGAUGGGUCUCUACGCAACGCACCCAAUAUCGCAGACGAGCUGCCUCGAAGCGUUCCAAUCUCACGGACGACCGAGUGAAAAAGUUGGAGCGGCUUGGAUUUCUUUGGGAGCCGGAAGAGGAACAGGGGCAGCAAACACCAAAAAACAGAAGGAACGAUGUGGUGGAGACAGAGGAUUCGGAUCACCCGGAAGAUGAGGAAUUCGAAUCAUCAUCAUCGUCCAAGCAUAACACUGUGCGUGGCCAAACAUCCUGGGAUACACACUAUGAAAUACUUGUGCGCUUUAUGCAUAAAUAUUAUCCAAAAGGUGGAUAUAUAAAACCCCCGCCAAAGUCGGACACCAGAUAUGGCAGGUUUAGUAGUUGGGUCCAUGAACAACGCUCUCAAUAUAAGCGUUCCGGUCUCGCGGACUAUCGAGUGGAGAAGAUGGAGCGGCUUGGAUUUUUGUGGGAACCGGAACAACCACCACCAAAGAGAAGGAACAUCGAGGCGGAGUCAGAAGACUCGGAUUGUCCGGGAGGAGAGGAAUUCGAAUCAUAUUCCAGGCGUCAAAUGUUAGACGACUCUUCCGCCCUCUCCUCAGAAGACGAAGACGAUAAUGCUGAUUCUGAACUUGACGAUAGCAAUGAAGAGGAUCAUGAAACUGGUCGUCAUAGUCGCAUUGGCUUGGCAAGGCGAACAUUGACCGCUAGUACGAGCAGUAGUAGUAGUGGUAGUAGAACACGACGAGUGGACCGUCCUGGUGAUCCGCUUGGCUACAGUGACGAGGAGGACGAGGAGGACGAGGAUGAAGAAAUUGGUCGACAUAGCAGUUUGGCAGCACGAACAGGAGCUAGGACACAAAGAGUGGACCGUCCUGCUCCAAACAAUUUGAGUGGUGGCUACGAGUCUCUGGACAAGAGACAACUUGUGCACCUGUUCAAGAGUCAACUAAAUCACGUGGAACUACUGAGAAAGGAGACUGCAAAGUUGCAAUCCGAGUUGCAACAACAGCAGCAACAACAACAAGCAAUAGCAGUGGUGACGCCGACCAAGCAUGAUCGUAGAGAACAAGAAUCCAAACGAGAAUCUAAAAAGUACAAGGCCAGACUGGUGAAGCAGAAAGAAAAGAAUCAGCGUUUGCAGGGAGAGAUUCAAGAUUUGAAACGUGAUCGUCAAGAGUCGUUGCAAAAGAAUGCCCGUCUACGUCAUAAGCACAAAGAAAGGAAACAGUCUUUGAAGGGAACGAUUCGAGAUUUGAAAGAUGAUAACAAAAAGUUGGCAGAAAAGAAUAUGCAUCUAACACAAUGCAAUGACAAUCUUCGACAAUCACACGUGACGGCCAUGGUUGAGGAACGAACCAACCUUCAACGCGAAACCAGGAAACGAAAAUUGGCUGAAAACCGCCUCGAAGAGGCCAAGAAGCGGAUUCCGAUGGAAUGGUAG